AUGGAUCCCGAGUCAACUCAGUUGCAGCAUUCUCAACUCGCGGCGAUUCUCGGCGCCGAUCCUUCACCGUUCGAGAGCCUGAUCUCACAGUUGAUGUCAUCUUCGAAUGAAGAACGUUCUCAGGCCGAAGCUCUCUUCAACCUGUGCAAACAAACCGAUCCCGAUGGUCUCGUUUUGAAGCUAGGUCAUCUUCUUCAUUCUUCGCCUCACCAAGAGGCCCGUGCUAUGUCCGCUAUUCUUCUCCGGAAGCAACUCACUCGCGAUGAUUCAUUUCUUUGGCCGCGUCUUUCGCCUCAAACUCAUUCUUCUCUUAAAUCGCUUCUUCUUUCUUCAAUUCAAACUGAAAACUCUAAAUCGAUUUCUAAGAAGCUUUGUGACACAAUCUCUGAACUUGCUUCUAGUAUUUUGCCUGAUAACGCUUGGCCUGAAUUGCUUCCUUUCAUGUUUCAUACAUCGUGUCUGUCUGGUUCCGCCGACCGAGAUAGGUUUCAGGACUUGCUGCCGGCUAUGAUGACAACUUUGACUGAGGCGCUUAAUUCCGGUCAGGAGGCCACCGCACAGGAGGCUCUUGAGUUGCUUAUUGAACUCGCUGGGACUGAACCUAGAUUUCUCCGGAGGCAGAUUGUUGAUGUUGUUGGGGCAAUGCUUCAAAUUGCAGAGGCAGAGUCCUUGGAGGAAGGAACUAGGCAUUUGGCUAUUGAGUUUGUGAUUACUCUUGCUGAAGCUAGGGAGCGUGCUCCUGGUAUGAUGAGGAAGAUGCCACAGUUUAUUAGCAGGUUGUUUGCUAUUCUUAUGAAGAUGCUUCUGGAUAUUGAAGAUGAUCCAGCUUGGCACACGGCGGAGACUGAAGAUGAGGAUGCGGGCGAAACUAGCAAUUAUAGUGUUGGACAAGAAUGUUUGGAUAGGUUAUCUAUAUCUUUGGGAGGAAAUACGAUCGUUCCUGUUGCCUCUGAACAAUUGCCUGCAUACUUGGCUGCACCCGAGUGGCAAAAACGCCAUGCUGCAUUGGUAGCUCUUGCUCAGAUAGCUGAAGGAUGCUCGAAGGUCAUGGUAAAAAAUUUGGAGCAAGUGGUGGCUAUGGUAUUGAACUCCUUUCCUGAUCAACAUCCCCGUGUGAGGUGGGCAGCCAUCAAUGCAAUUGGACAACUGUCUACUGAUUUGGGUCCUGAUUUGCAAGUUCAAUAUCAUCAGGGAGUGUUGCCAGCUCUAGCUGCUGCCAUGGAUGAUUUUCAGAACCCACGUGUUCAGGCUCAUGCUGCCUCAGCAGUACUCAACUUCAGCGAGAAUUGUACACCUGAUAUUUUAACGCCAUACUUGGAUGGAAUAGUUAGCAAAUUGCUUGUACUUCUUCAGAAUGGUAAACAAAUGGUGCAAGAGGGAGCCUUAACUGCUUUGGCAUCAGUUGCUGAUUCAUCUCAGGAACACUUUCAGAAGUACUAUGAUGCUGUAAUACCAUACCUGAAGGCUAUAUUGGUCAAUGCAACUGAUAAGUCUAACCGUAUGCUUCGCGCUAAGUCUAUGGAAUGUAUAAGUUUGGUUGGAAUGGCUGUCGGGAAGGAGAAGUUUAGGGCUGAUGCUAAGCAGGUUAUGGAAGUUCUUAUGUCCUUGCAAGUAUCUCAAAUGGAAACAGAUGAUCCGACAACAAGUUACAUGCUACAAGCAUGGGCUAGACUCUGCAAAUGUCUGGGACAAGAUUUCCUUCCUUAUAUGGAAUUUGUCAUGCCACCAUUGCUUCAGUCUGCUUCACUUAAGCCCGACGUAACCAUUACAUCCGCUGAUUCGGACAAUGAAAUAGACGAUUCUGAUGAUGAAAGCAUGGAGACUAUCACUCUUGGGGACAAAAGAAUUGGAAUCAAGACUAGUGUUCUAGAGGAGAAAGCUACAGCAUGUAACAUGCUUUGUUGCUAUGCUGAUGAGCUGAAAGAAGGAUUCUUUCCAUGGAUCGACCAGGUUGCAGGAACUUUGGUUCCACUCCUUAAAUUUUAUUUCCAUGAGGAGGUUAGAAAAGCUGCUGUUUCAGCAAUGCCAGAGCUGUUACGAUCUGCAAAGUUAGCUAUUGAGAAAGGACAAUCUCAAGGUCGGGAUGUGAGCUAUUUAAAGUUUCUGACUGACAGUAUCAUCCCAGCUUUGGUGGAAGCAUUGCACAAGGAACCUGACACCGAGAUUUGUGCAAGUAUGUUGGAUUCAUUAAAUGAGUGCCUACAGAUCUCUGGCAUGCUUUUGGAUGAGAAGCAGGUCAGGUCAAUUGUUGAUGAGGUAAAACAGGUGAUCACAGCCAGUUCAAGUAGGAAACGAGAGAGAUCAGAGAGGGCCCAAGCUGAAGAUUUUGAUGCCGAAGAGGGAGAGCUGAUUAAAGAGGAAAAUGAACAAGAGGAAGAAGUUUUUGACCAAGUGGGUGAGAUAUUGGGAACCUUGAUCAAAACCUUCAAAGCCUCCUUUUUGCCUUUCUUUGAAGAAUUGUCAUCUUAUUUGACACCUAUGUGGGGAAGGGACAAGACUCCUGAAGAGAGAAGGAUUGCAAUUUGCAUUUUUGACGAUGUUGCAGAGCAGUGCCGUGAAGCAGCUAUAAAGUAUUAUGACACGUAUCUCCCAUUCCUUUUGGAGGCAUGUAAUGAUGAGACUCCGGAUGUCAGACAGGCGGCGGUAUAUGGCCUUGGUGUUUGUGCGGAGUUUGGGGGUUCUGUGUUCAAACCUCUUGUUGGAGAGGCUCUAUCGAGGUUAAAUGCUGUGAUCCAGCAUCCUAAUGCUCUUCAUACAGAUAAUGUGAUGGCAUAUGACAAUGCGGUUUCGGCUCUGGGAAAAAUCUGCCAAUUUCACCGGGACAGUAUUGAUUCUGCCCAGGUUGUUCCAGCAUGGUUGAACUGUCUGCCAAUAAAAGGUGAUUUGAUUGAGGCCAAAGUUGUUCACGAUCAACUUUGUUCAAUGGCGGAAAGGUCUGAUGGUGAACUGUUAGGCCCAAACAAUCAACACCUUCCCAAAAUAGUCUCAGUGUUUGCAGAGGUUUUAUGUGCUGGUAAAGACCUUGCAACAGAACAAACAGCUGGCAGAAUGGUUAAUUUACUCAGACAGCUCCAGCAAACAUUACCACCUGCUACUCUUGCUUCCACUUGGUCAUCUUUGCAGCCGCAACAACAGAUUGCUUUACAAUCCAUCCUUUCUUCAUAG